CAGCAGCCGGCAGAGCCAGGAGCUCGCCGAGGGGACGGCCCCGCCGCCUGCCACCCUCCACCCGCCGGGGGCUCUCCUACCUCGCCAUGCCGCCGUGGGGCGCGGCCCUCGCCCUGUUCCUGGCCGCGCUCGCCCUGCUCGGCCUACUGGCCCCGCGGGUCCUGCGCGCCGUCGGAGCGAGGACUCUGCCGGGGGCCCGCGGCCAGGACCACGAGAAGGAGGCGGAUGGCGGAGGCCCCGCGGACCAGUUCAGCGACGGGCGGGAGGCGCUGCCCGGCGGGUGCAGGCUCAUCUGUAAACCGUCGGCGCUGGCCCAGUGCCUGCUGAGCGCCUUGCGACGCUCGGCCGCCCUAGAGCCGCGCCCGCGCUCCUGGCUCUCCGGGCCCCACCUGCAGACCCUCUGCCACUUCGUGCUGCCGGUGGGGCCGGGGCCUGAGUUGGCCCGGGAGUACCUGCAGUUAGCGGACGACGGGCUGGUGGCCCUGGAUUGGGUCGUGGGACCUUGUCCCCGGGGCCGGCGGGUCACCAACGCCGGGGGCCUUCCCGCGGUGCUGCUGGUGAUCCCCAAUGCGUGGGGGCGCCUGACUCGCAACGUGCUCGGCCUCUGCCUGCUCGCCCUGGAGCGCGGCUACUACCCGGUCAUCUUCCACCGCCGUGGCCACCACGGCUGCCCGCUGGUCAGCCCCCGGCUGCAGGCUUUCGGGGACCCGUCCGACCUCAAGGAGGCGGUCACUUACAUCCGCUUCCGACACCCGGCGGCCCCUCUGUUCGCGGUGAGCGAGGGCUCGGGCUCAGCGCUUCUGCUGUCCUACCUGGGUGAGUGUGGCUCCUCCAGCUAUGUGACCGGCGCCGCCUGCAUCUCGCCCGUGCUGCGCUGUCGCGAGUGGUUUGAAGCCGGCCUGCCCUGGCCCUAUGAGCGGGGCUUUCUGCUCCACCAGAAGAUGGCCCUCAGCAGGUACGCCUCAGCCCUGCAGGACACAGUGGACACCCACAAACUGUUCAGGAGCCGCUCCCUGCGAGAGUUUGAGGAGACCCUCUUCUGCCACACCAAGAGUUUCCCCAUCAGCUGGGAUACCUACUGGGACCACAACGACCCCCUCCGGGAUGUGGACGAGGCUGCUGUGCCUGUGUUGUGUGUCUGUAGCGCCGAUGACCCCGUGUGUGGGCCCCCAGACCACUUUCUGCCCACGGAACUCUUUCACAGCAACCCCUACUUCUUCCUCCUGCUCAGUCACCAUGGAGGCCACUGUGGCUUCCUGCGCCAGGAGCCCUUGCCAGCCUGGAGCCAUGAGGUCAUCUUGGAGUACUUCCGGGCCUUGACUGAGUUCUUCCGAAUGGAAGAGAGGAUGAAAGGGCUGAGCAGGCACCGGGCCUCGUUCCUAGGGGGUCGGCGUCGCUGGGGAAACCUGCAGAAGAGGGAGGUCUCUCCCUCUUCCAAUCUGGAGGAGAUCUUUAGCUGGAAGCGAUCGUAUACGAGGUGAGGCCUGGCCCAAGAGCAGAGCUGAGCCGGCCAGAGUCCUGAAACGGCUGUGAGGACAGAAGUGGGCCUGCAGUCCGAGCCCUUUGCUGCUUAUUCAGCCCCUUCUCUCUUAGACUGGUCUGUGGAAAGAGAUGGAACUUCCAGCAAGCUGGUGCUCACUUUACCCUGAGAACACUCCUGCCUUAGGCUUUGCCCAACACAUUCCAGCUCUUCCUGGUCAGCAGCUGGGCUGUCACUGUCAUGCUCUCCUGUCACUGACCUCAUAAGCCAAAGAAUAGCCCCCUUGGAGUCUAUGGACUCAGGAGAAAAUGCUCUGUCACUAGCAAGGACUAUAGAGAAAAUGGGUGUAUGUGCGUCAUUGGGAAGCUCUGUCCCACAUAAAUAAUCAGCUCUCUGACCCUGAUUCUCGAGCUGAAGCCACUCAAUGUCGUGAGGACAGGAUGUUUGUGUCUCAGUCCCACUUCCCUCACUCGGUUCUGUGGUUGUGGCGCUCUGCUGACUUCUUGCCACGGCCGCUGUGGAAGCAGUCUCCUAGAGCAGCGGGGCUGCGUCUUGCGCGAGUGUGGGAAAGGCGGCCGAGGCCUAAGUGCUGUGCUGACCCUGGGUUGGUGAGGACGACAAGGUACAAAGAGUGUGUGUCGGUCGUCCGGAAGGCUGAGGUCCUGCAGGUCUCAGUUGGGCUGAUCUGGGGCUUCAGGCUAGGACUUCAAGCCUAGAAAGAACUUCAGGAUGACUUUUAGGAAGAAGGAGUCCUCGCACACAGGGUCUGCUGGCCUCUCAGGCACUCUGGCUGCUCCCUCCAGUACCAUUCCUGAGAUUACUCCAGAAAGUCCUUCCCAGAGCUGUUUUUCUUCUGCCAAGCGGGCUUCCUCUAAGUGGUAAAGAGUAUAAAUCUGCUUAUCCUCGGUGUUUUCUGGUUCGUUGCCCUUUUUUCCGACACUACUACUGGCCUCUUCCUUUCCAGAGCCUGGAGAGACAUCUGGGACCAGAGAAAACAAAAGUUCCAAGAGGUUGGCCAGUGCUUGCUCAGUGAUUUAUGAAUAUUUCACAUUACCAUGCUUUUUCUGCUCAAUUUAUUCAAAAGGCCAUCCGUGUUGAUGUAGAAAAAGCUUCUUCCUGGAUCUGGCCACUCACUGGCUGGUUUUAUGGUGUUUGGUUUUAUGAGGAAUAAUGCUGAAGAUCAGAGUAAAACAAAGCAUGGUACAGAAUGAUCCCACAUCCUGGUUUGAACGAGGCCAUUAAACGAUAUCGUAGGACAUCUAGUUCUAUGUGUUGCUACGAGCUUUUCCCUAAAGUUUUGUUUUAAUUUGUCAUCAAGAAAGAAGACACCUGUUUUGACAGGAAGGUCCCUCCUGGCCUCACAAACAGCAAACCAAUUUUAAAAAGGAGAGAUGUUUAUCAAAAGCCAUGUCCUAUGGUUCAGUAUAAGGAAUCCCCGGGGCCAGAAUUUCAGGUUUGGAUAAUCUUAGUCUAGCCAUGUUCUAGAUCAAAUAGGAAGAAACUCUGAACUAUCCCAGAAUGCAGACAACACUCAAUUAUAUCUAAGGCACAUUAUCCUGUCAUGAAAAAAAUCACUUCCCUCCUUCCUCAUUUCUUGCUCCCCCUCCUCCACAUUCAUCAUCUGACGUUCUUUCACCCUUUCUGAGCAGGGGAAAUAACAAGGAACUGAAAUCUAAAGAAGCCAUUCUACUGCUGGUUUAUAGCCCCCGUAUAGGGCUUGCUGAGGAGGAAUUACUGAUGUCUGGCCACCUCCCUUCCCCCAGCAUCUGGUACAGUAGGGAUUUCAGUUAAUUAGGGUGCUGCAGGCCCCACCCCCAUGCAGGACCCCAGGAUCAUUCAGAAGUGACUGCAAAAUGGGAAGCAGGCCAGUGGGUUUUAACCUGCAGGGCUUACGGGGCCCCAAGGGCUGAGCUCUGGAUUGUUCCUCCAGGCCAGAUACUAUGGGACUCUGGUUCUUUAAGGUAAUAGCUUUUGGAGAAAUUGUGGUUGGUUUUCUUUCCCUUUUUUAUAAGAAAGUAAGCUUGCAGGGGUGGCGCAUCAGUAUAUACAUAUAACAUUUUUCUUUUGGUUACAGCCCAGGCUUCAUUCAUUCCCUUGGACCCAUGGCCCUAAUACCUAGACCCUAAGGUAUUUCUCCUCUGUGUCCUCUGUGCCACGUGUCCUUAUAACCUAUCUUAGGAACCCGCUUCUCUCUCAUCUUCCCAUUACCGCUUUUUCAGGAAAUUUUGCCAAAAUUGUGCAGUUCUUGUUCAAGCAGGUUUGGGUGACCCUGACCUUCAGUCUAACACUGAAGGGAUCGCCCAUAUUGGCUCUGCUUUGGUGAACAGCUAAUCAUAUGAAACCAGCUGGAAGAACCCCAGGCACACGAUUCUUUUUCUUUUUCUUUUUCUUUUUUUUAAGAUUUUUAUCUAUUUAUUUGACAGAGAGAGAGAGACAGCCAGAGAGAGAGAGGGAACACAAGCAGUGGGAGUGGGAGAGGAAGAAGCAGGCUCCCAGCGGAGGAGCCUGAUGUGGGGCUGGAUCCCAUAACGCCGGGAUCACUCCCUGAGCCGAAGGCAGAUGCUUAACCGCUGUGCCACCCAGGUGCCCCAGCCCAGGCACACGAUUCUGAGACAAUAUGUGACCCUUGAACAAAAUUCCAAGUUAUGAGUUUGAGGAAGCAAGAAACAACAAAAUAAAACUAAGACAACCCAAAGCAGUACCACUGAAUUGGUUUUCCAGGUCUCGAGUCUUAAGUGAUCCUUGCGGGCUUCAUUCACUUGCUUGCCUUCCUUUUGGUCUCUUCAUUAUUUAUAACCACCUUCAAGUGGUAAGAGAAAACAACAACACCCCCCAAAACACAAUGGCUUAGAGGAGGUAUGGUCUUAGAUGUAGAUGGGAGUCCUCUGUCUCCUCCCAUUGGUUCAGAAUGCAGGAAGCAAAGGACUGCCUCUGAAGGCUUCUGAUCUCUGAGACCUAAGACUGUGCUUGCUAUAACUUAAUUCUCUUGAGAGAGUCAGUAUUUUAUGUUCUUUAUACGUAGGUUUCCAGGGUGACUUGGCCAGAGAUGACAGUAUGCUGAACAAAGCACCAAAUCCUCACUUGAGGAGAUAUCAUCUCUGUUUUGAGUGACGGUAUCCUUUCUAAGACCUGAGUACUGUUAAAAAAGAGGCCUUGACACAGGAAGUAUCAGCUUGACUUUAUAGACAACCUCAAAAUUACCCCAGAGUCAGAAGCUCCUCUCUACUUAUCUCCCACCCAGACCACAGAUCUUUUGUCAGUCAGCCACACUUGGUAAUGCCAAGGUAUCUUCCUUCAGAAUUGAACUUAAGCAUGAAUUCCUCUCCCUGCUUAAACAAGCAGAUACAAUUGGCCACUUGGGUAGAAUUUGGUAACAAUGCCAAUGAGUAUUUGUGAUUCUCUAAAACCAAGCCACAAAGGAUGAAGAAAUCUUCCUAGUUAUCACCACUGGCAGAGACAAGAUUGAGAAGUUAUACAUAGGGAGUGCCCAGAGACGGAAUGAAUGCCUCAGGAAGCAGGAAUUCCCACGUCACUGGUGGGACAUGCAAGCUAGACUGCUGUACGGCACACAUCAUGGUGGGACAUAUGCCAAGAAAUAAGUGUCCUAAAUUUUUCUUUCUUUUCUUUCUUUUUUUUUUUUUAAAGUAAGCUGUAUGCCCAACAUGGGGCUUGAACUCACAGCCCCGAGAUCAAGAGUCACAUGCUCUACUGACUGAGCCAGCCAGGCGCCCCCAGGGUGGCCUAGAUUAGGUAGAAGGUCUCUUCUCAUCUGGGAGUCCGUGAACCGAAAUAACGUGAAUGAGCUCGGUGGGUUGUAAAGACUUUUGGUUGGCUUGAGAAUCAAGGAGAUCACAGACCUGAUCCAGAUUCUGGGAGUUGGGAGAGACAUAAAGAUUUUAAUGAAAAUAACCUUGCCAAAGUGACCAGAGGAUGUUUUAAAGUGUCCAGGAAGAACUAAGAGUUUGAGGAAAAGUGGAAUUUCAUUAAAACAAACAAAAGACACUAACACAUCAAAAAUAAAUGUCUCUAGCCCCCCUGCCUCCAGCCUUCCUGUGUAAUGAGGUAAUACCCUAGUACUUAUCACUAGUGUGGCUGAACAAAAACUUCUCCAACUUGUUUGCUUCUGAAUAAUAAAUUGCAGUCUCCCUGCAACAAUGGAAUGUCAUUAUUUUUUAAAUCUCCGGAAACAAAGGCACUGUUUGUCUUCUGAAGUCCUAUGUGUACUGAGCCAUACAUGCUUACCUACCUGCAGUUAACAGAGCCUCCCUGCACAUUCUCUGUUCACUGGCUGUUGCUUCACUUCACUACAUCUAGCUUUGUUGUCUCCUGACACUCACCAGUAGCAGCUCUGUUUAAUCAACAACCAGGCCUCCUGCUCUGGGCUAGUAAUUUCCCAG